AACCAGAAAAUUAACUAUCAGCGGCUUCAGAAUCGAUUCACGAACCGCCAUAUGCGGAUGCAAAAUUCAUCAAAUAAGCCAGAACAAAUUGUUAGUGCGGCCAAAAGUGAUCAAAAGUGAUUUCGAGACAAACAAGUUUUCAAUCUCACUAUAAAAGAAACACUAAUUCCCAAUCAAUUAAAGAAAAGAAAAAGUACAGAUUAAAGGGAAUCGAAACGGUGAAUAAAUUAUGCAAAAAUAUCAAAAAGUUCUUAGCCGAAACUCGAAAUAUUCAUAAUGGCCAAGACGCGUGCCCAAAAUCUUGUCUCGUGACGCGUUUGCCGCUUUAUUUCGGAACUCUAUAUAAACUGGUCGCAAAGCCCGACCUUGACACUCACUUUUCUAAACAAUCGACUCUCGGAACCGAGACCAUUUUUUGGUCUCUGCCUUUUUGGCCAAGAUCUCGUCUUCUUUCUCGGCCGCUUUACAAACCGCUCGUCAGUCUUUCGCCGGACCGGAGAUGGAACACACGGAUCGCGUCCGCUGAACAGUGUUUAAUAUUAAACGGUUUUCCCCAAAGCUAAUCACUUCAACUAAGAGCUCUUGAAAAACUCAAACUCAAGACUCAAGACUCUUGCCUAAUCGCCGCCAGCGUGCAGCGUGCAAACAAUAAAACAAAUAGGCAAACAAAAGUGCAAAAAACAUAAAAAAUAAUAAAAUCAUACAAAUACGUGUGCCAGUCCAUGCAACUGCAUAUUUUAAUACAUAAUUAGCCAGAGAUCGUGGAAGCAUCUCGGUGCAAGUGCACAGUAUAUAUAUAAUAUCCAUAUACCUGCAAAAAUGUGGCAGGGAAUCGUGUGCAGCUUGACUUUAUGCCUCGUCGGAUUGGCGGGUUUCGGCCUUGCCAACAAUCUCGCCGGCUACGAAGGUUACACAAAAUACACGGUGCAACAUGGCGACGAGGAGGCCUUCAAGUACAUGGUGGACCUGCAGACGAACGACACGGAGCUGGACUUUUGGCUGCUGACCAGAAACUCCUCCGUGCUGACAGUGAGCCCCAAGCGGAAGACCCAGUUCGAGGCUCGUCUGUCCAGCUUGGGAGUCAGCUACGAGAUGCAGCCGCUCAUGGAACUGAUGGCGGCCCUGCAGGCGAAUAGUUCCUUUGCGGAGGACGGCUACGAUGAGGAGUACGAGGAGUGCCAGCUGGAGGAGUGCGAGGAGUCGGAGCGACCACGUCGAAGGACUCGUCGCCAGGCUCGCGGCUUCUUCUCGCACUUUCCACGGUAUCAGGAGGUACUCAGCUUCAUGAGCGGCUUGGCCGCCAGAUAUCCGCAGUUCUGCCGCUAUGAAUCCCUGGGUCGAUCCAACGAGGGUCGGCACAUAGCUGGUCUCUCGAUUUCGCUGAAUAGUAGGGUACGUCCUCGUCGAGUGGCCUACAUUCAGGCAGCCACCCACGGCAGAGAGUGGAUCACCACCCAGACCGUCCUCUAUUUGGCCUACGAGCUGCUGAGCAAUCUGCGCGCCUUCACAAGGGUCCUGCAGGAUGUGGAGAUUUUCCUGGUGCCCCUGGUCAAUCCCGAUGGCUAUGAAUACACUCACACGACGGAUCGUUUCUGGCGCAAGAACCGCCAUCGUUAUGCGGGUCAUUCCUGCUCCGGCGUGGACAUCAAUCGCAACUUUGGAAACCACUGGAACUACCAGGGAGCCAGCCAGAAUCUCUGCUCGGAGGUGUACUCCGGCACAUCACCCCACUCGGAGCCGGAGACGUCGGCGGUGGUGCGGUAUCUGGAAUUCAAUCGAAACCGUGUGAAACUCAGCCUGGAUGUUCACUCAUUUGGCAAAUUCAUUUUUUAUCCCUACGGCUAUGCGAGAAACACCGUGCCACCCACCGUGGGAACACUGCGCUCGGUGGCUCUGAGGGCCGCCAACCAGAUCGGCAGGUACCGUGGAACGCGCUACACCACCGGCACCUCCGCCUCCAUUUUGUACGAGGCCUCCGGCAGCCUGGACGACUUCGCCUACGGCAACCUGGGAAUCCCCCUGUCCUAUACGCUCGAGCUGCCCGGUGACGAGUUCCACGUGCCCGCCUACGACAUCAUCCACGUCUGCAAGGAGACAUUCGCGGGCUUCAUCGAGUUCAUCCGGCACGUCAGCCUCUACUAGGAGGUGCCCACUGUAUUUGCUAAGCCUUUAGGCAAUUGAAUUUAUUGUUUGUUAAAACUAAAAUGAUAAGUGACCUCGUUGUUAAGCAUUAAAGAGAUGAAUAGUGAAUAAAU